GCUCUGUUCAUACAGAAACCAGGGAAAGACGUUGAUUCAAUCAUCCAGGAUAUCAACUCUCUGAGGGAAAGGGACGAGAUGCAGGAGACUGAUCACUACAUGCCAGAGAGAGCGCGGUCCCGUAGUCCCAUCAGCCGCUCUCUGAGCCCUCGCUCCCACAGCCCCAGCUUUACCUCCUGUAGUUCAGCCCACAGCCCGCAGGGGGCACCCUGCCGAGGAGGCCCGGAACGGGGCUCCUGGACCGCCAAACACAUGAGAAAGGGGGACGAGGACAGAGAACGAGAGAGGGACGAGGUGCCAUGGAGGAACGGAGGUACAGUGGAUGACGACAGGCUGAACGGGAGGAUGCAGGAUCGACGGAACAAGCCGUACCUGAAACACUCCGAGCGGAUCAGUCCCAGAUCAGCGGACCAAAGAGGAGGAGGAAGAGGGGAGGGGAUGAGGGGGGGAGACUGGUACCCCCACCCGCGGUGUAGCCCUCAGGGGAUGCCCCCCUUCCCUUCGUACAGGAACACGGAUGAGGACUCCUACAAAACACAGCAUGUGUAUAGGCCAGAGAAGCCCCU